AUGCAACGUGCGGAAAGCUGGAUUGUGGAGGAGAGCGAGGUCGACGUUGAGGGAAAGGUCCUAACUUGCCGAACAAGGAAUUUGGACCAUGUAAAAGUCAUGGAGGUGAUUGAGACGACCACUCUUAAAGAAGAUACAGAUGGAGCCACAAUACAUAAGACGGAAGCACGUUUUAGGUCUGGUCUAGGCUGGGGUUUGAAGAGAAGGAUUGAAGAAUAUAGCGCCAGCAAGUUUAAGGCAAACAUCGAAAAGUCUCGAAUGGGUCUUGCAUUAGUGGUGCGACUACUACGCGAGGCCAGGCUACAGUCUUUGCCACCACCAUUUGGAAACCGUAUGACACAAGAUGGAAAUCAAUGGAGCUAUAGCGAUAUACACGCCGCUGCUGUUUCAUCUACUUCAUCUCAAUCAUUACUUUCCAUCACCCACCCCUCCACCCGCUCGCCUGGUACAUCCACCUCUCAAGUCGCUCAUGAGAGUGAAGGCCCUGAAGAUCAGGAAUAUCUUCAACUCUUGGAGAUGGACAGCCCAUUGGAGAAAGACAAAAAUUCAGUUCCAGUUCCUGCCUCUUCGCACGACGACACGCCUACUACGACACCCACAACGACGUCUUUGCGUAUCCCAUUUUUCGUAUCUCUAGCAAGCCUGGUCUGCCUAGUAGGACUAUAUAUUGCAAGAAUGACCGGUCCAUCAGCCCCUCCUACCCCUGAAUCGAACGAUAUUGUAACGCAACUUGGAGAAGAUGUGGACACCAUUGGCAACUUUCGACUGACCCAGAAAAUCAAACUCAACUAUACCGAUGUCACUAUUACCAAGUGGCAAAGUCAACAAACAGGAUUAAGAGUCGUCCAUGUCGACUAUGAAGGCCCAAUCAUUAACGGGUACUUUGCUGUAGCAACCGAAAUCACUGACGACAGCGGUUGCCCGCAUACACUCGAACAUCUCAUCUUCCAUGGCUCGGAUCAAUACCCAUAUUCGGACGCCCUUCCUCGCAUCGUCUCUCGAUCAUUUUCUUCUACGCCAAAUGCUUGGACCGCUACUGAUAAUACCGUUUACACACUCUCGACGGCGGGUGAAGCUAGUUUCUUGCAACUGCUGCCAGUAUUCGUCGAUCACAUCUUGUAUCCACAAUUGACAGAGAGUACAUUUACCACGGAGGUGCAUCAUAUUGAUAAAGAGGGUAAGGAUGCUGGAGUAGUGUAUAGCGAGAUGCAGGGCAGACAGAACACUGCACCAGAUCUGAUGGAUCUAGCAUACCGACGAAAGCUCUACCCCGAAGGAAAUGGCUAUCGAAGCGAGACUGGUGGAAUGAUGGAAGCACUUCGAAAACUUUCCUUGGCAGAAAUUCAAGCAUACCAUUCCAAAUACUAUGCACCACAUAACCUGUGUCUC